CCCAGUCUCGAAUCACAGUGCCAGGCUCAUCGCUGCCUCUUCACUGGCUCUUUCCUGUGGGUCUUCUUGCUAACGGUUUCUUUGUGUUGCCCCUGCCCUCCUAUGUGACUGGUCUGUCCGUGGGGGUCGCUUGCGGCUUUAUGUUGGGUCUGGUGGUAGUGUUCAUGUUUGCCCCGCAACGCUCAUCUGCCAGAAACAACAGGGCCUCUCGUUUCAGUAAAUCCAGACCCCUGAUCAUGGAUCCACUGGAUGGAGAGCUCACAGAUCCAGAAAUCCUAGAGGGCUGGAUGAAUGAGACACUCAGCUACGACCCUGAGACCGUCCACCCCUCCAUCACACACUCUGUCUAUGUCACCCUUGAGGACAGCCAGCUGCGUCUGGCGUACCCACGUGCCAACAUCCCCCGGUGGGCAGCGUUUGAUGAGACGUCCCAUGAAGCUGUGUUUUUGCGUUUCCGCACUUACAACCUGGCUAACUGUAAGGUGUCUCUGUUGCCGCCUGGUUUGGCCCGCAAGAGGAUCUGGAACAGGAAGUACCCCAUCUGCAUCACUUUGGCUGAAGGAGAGGUAGGGGAGGAGAGUAUGGUUGAAGGGCAGGAGGAGGAAGAAAGGGCAGAGAGACAUGUCAUUCAGGACCACCAUUUUCCUGUCACCCUGUACCUGUUUGGCCGCACAGGAAGAGAGAAGGAGGAGUGGUUCCAGCACUUCCUGUCUGCAGCCAAGAGUAGUGUAAGCAGGGAGGAGAAUGCAGAAACACCAUGUGGUGGAGACGGUGCUAAAGAAAGCACAGACGAGCUGCACGACUUUCUGGGAGCUAUAAAAACAAGAACACUAUUGGAGUACAGCACCUACAUGACUCAGCUGAUUGGCUCGCAGAGCUGCAAUCCCACCCUCAGCCCCUGCAAUAGUGAAAAAGGAAGCCCCACAACCCACAAGAAGAUUAACAAUGAAGAGCACGGAUCUGGAGGUCAACCUGGAGCUGAGCCCAGUGCAGGUUCAGUGGCAGAUGGAUGCUCUGCAGAAGGCCAACCCACCUGGGUGAACUCCCUGGUAGGACGAAUCUUCUGGGACUUUCUGCAGGAGAAGUACUGGACUGAUCAGGUGGCACACAAGAUCCAGAAGAAACUCAGCAAGAUCAAGUUGCCAUACUUUAUGAAUGAGCUGACUCUGGCUGAUCUAGAUAUGGGCACUUGUCUACCUCAAGUCCUCAGCACCUCCACACCUACACUGGAUCGCAGAGGCCUGUGGCUGGAGCUGGAGGUGGUGUACACAGGUUGCCUUCAGAUGACCCUGGAGACUAAGAUGAACCUGUGUAAACUGGGUAAAGAUGGAGAGGACGAGGCUCACAGCGUUCUAGAGACACAGCAACUGGGCUCUAAGCCCAGGCUAUGUAUACUGGCUGAUAGUGAUGAAGAGUCAUCCAGCGCAGGCUCGUCUGAUGAAGAGGAAGUCCCCUCGUCUGAGCCACAGGGGUCUCUGGGAGAUAAGAACACAGUGUUAGCAGCUGAAGGGCACACUGGUGGCAGCACAAGUAGGAAGAUUUUGAGAUUUGUGGACAAGAUAGCGAAGUCCAAGUACUUCCAGAAAGCCACCGAGAACGAGUACAUCAGGAAGAAGAUAGCUGAGGUGUCCAAUAUGCCUCUGAUGCUCAGCGUCGAGGUCCUAGAGCUCUCUGGUACUCUGGCCAUAAACAUCCCACCUCCACCUACUGACAGGAUAUGGUACAGUUUCCGGGUGCCUCCCAGGUUAGACCUGCAUGUGCGACCCACCCUCGGGGAGAGGGAGGUCACCUUCACUCAUGUCACUGAGUGGAUCGAGAAAAAACUCCAGUGUGAGUUCCAGAAAGUGCUUGUGAUGCCCAAUAUGGACGAUCUAUAUGUGCCCUUGAUGACAUCUGGCCUGGACAACCCACAUGCAUCCCACCAAUCCUCAAUCCAUUCCUCAUCCCACCAGUCCUCCAUGGAGGAGUACCUGUCAGAGUAGUGCCCCUUUGAGGACAAAGAUAGGAUUAUGUCCAUGCAAAAUAGCCAUUGCGUGCAGCGAUUGCCAUGAAUCUCUAAUGGAUUCGGAGGCUGCUGCAGCUGGGUACCGGCUUCAUCCUGAGUGUGUUGGUUGUAACCAGUGCAGGAUAGACGCCUCCUGAAGGCACGCUGAGCACGGCAGCGACCUUGCAACUGUGAAAAUGGUGUUAAAGUGCCCCCUACUGUGAAGAUGAUUGAACUGUACACCAGUUAUGGCACAUUAUACACAAAAAGGGAACUUUUUUAUUUGAUGCCAACACUGAUAAAAGAUGCAAAAACUGGAUGUCUUUACUGCACAUCAAAACAAGGUUGUCAAUGAUAACCAGUUUUGAAAUAAUGCUGAUUGAACAAACUAUGCUAACAUCCAUUUUCUAAUCCACUGAUACUGUUACGGGUUGUGAACAUGAAAUGAUAAUGGUAAUCCUGAUGUUGAAUCAAGCUACCAUGGUGCAUGUUAUUUCUGAACAGUGUUGAUAUGCUCAUGGAUUAAUCAGUGAAUAAAAACUGAAUGUAUGUUAACUGUGGAAUUAAACUACAUUUAUGUAUCACCAGUGUCAAUUUACACAUGGCACAAAGUACAGUGUAUUUGAAACCCAUAGUAUGGGAAUUGAGAUAUGAGAAUUUUUUUUCAGGCCUCCUCGGUCAGAGGCUCCGGCAGUGUUUUCAGGGCAUCCUUCUUCAUA